AUGGCGGGGAGAAGGCAGGAAGGCGGAUCCCAGGACCGCUACGAAGCGUACAGUUAUGGGGGCGUGGAUCCACGUAUGUGGGAGUCCCCAGCAGCAGGUUUUACGCGGACGCACCUCUCUGACUUUAAGAGGCAUCGGGCGGCCAGGAUAGAUCACUCUGUGGUGGAAGUCAACAAACUAGUCAUUCGUUUAGAAAAGCUCACUUCGUUUGACCGUGUGACCACAGACACUGCCAAGAUAAGAGCCAUAGAGCGUUCUGUGGUGCCGUGGGUGAAUGACCAGGAUGUGCCCUUCUGUCCGGAUUGUGGCAACAAGUUUACCAUGCGCAACAGACGCCAUCACUGCCGACUUUGUGGUUCCAUCAUGUGCAGGAAAUGCACCGACCUCAUCACCAUUCCAUUUGCCAACAAGCUCACUAGCGCCAGCAAGCACUCAGCCUCAUCUCACAGUAGCCCCAAUCUGUCCCCUAACACCAGCGCCCAGACCUCGCGCCGGGGCAGCAUCAGCAGUCUCAGCAGUGUCAGCUCCGUCCUGGAGGAAAAAGAUGACGACAAGAUCCGCUGCUGCCAGCACUGUAAGGACACGCUGCUCAAGCGGGAGAUGCAAAUGGACGAGAAAGAGCACACGCCAGAGAUUGUCCGCCAUUAUCAGAGACUUCGAAACUGCAUGGACGAGGUGGAUGAGAAGGCCCCUGAAUACAUCAGGAUGGCCCAGUCUAUCAAUGCUGGUGAGACAACCUACAAUUUGGACCAUGCCAACAGCCUGAGAGUGGAGGUGCAGAAGCUCUACGAGUCAAUAGAUGCUUUUAGCAAAAAAAUACUAAUUUUGGGAGUGAAGGAAGAGCCCAAACCUCACCCGAAAAACUUGCAGCUGCAGAAGAUGAUUCGAUACUCGGCCACGCUGUUUGUACAGGAAAAACUUUUGGGUCUCAUGUCACUGCCAACCAAAGAGAAAUAUGAAGAGCUGAAGGAGAGCCGUAGACAGGAGAACGAGCUGAAACUACAAAGAGAGCGACAGGCUGCUCUUGAUUCCCAGAAGAAGGGAGAUGAAAGGAGAAGAGAUGGUUUCUCUCGCCCCACAGACGUAGUGAAUGGGGAGCUGCAGCAAAGGGGUCGUAUUCGGAAGGUGGAAGGGUGGCUACCUACGUCGGGUGCUCCUCACAUUCGAGAGACCUCAGACCCUCUUCUGCAGCAGAUUGAGAACAUCACCUCCUACAUCAAGCAGGCACGUGAAGCUGGGAGAGUGGACGAGGUGAAAAUGCUGGAGGACAACCUCAGGCAACUGCAGGAUGAAUUUGACCAGCAGCAGAUGGAGAGAGGCAUUCAGAUGUCAAAGGAACUGGCAGAAGAGGAGGCCAUGCAGAAAGAGCAGCUGGAGGUGCUGAGGAGGAGGGAGGAAAGCCGAGAGCUACGCAAGGGGCUGACCCAGCACAACAGGACUCACUCACUGGAUUUCCGAGAGCAGAGCCAGCCCAUCCGGUGGCAAGACAAGCAAACGGCAGCCUUGGAUCUUCAGCUCCCAAAACAAGACACUAGCCCUUUACAGACCUCUCUGACAAUUUAUCAAAGGUCUUUAGAAACUGUUCCCAACUUCCGUAUUUCCCCUGUUCUGCCCAAGGUGGAAGAGGCCAAACCUGCUUUCACAAACCCCUUUGAGGAUGAUAGCGAGGAACCAGUGCCUGCUUCCUUCUCAAGCCUUAUCCAGCAGAACGGCACCAGAGAGUAUAAACCCGUUCGAUGAGGAUGAUGAGGAAAAGCCAGAGGAACAAGCUGAGAAAACCGUGGUCUCCACCAAUCCUUUUGAGAACUCUCCCGACAUGUCCCCUGAAGCACCUGCCUCAAAAAAAAUCCGUUUGAGGAGGAUGAGGGGGCUUGUCCGGGAAACCCGUUCGAUGAGCCUGAUGAUCUGGGAACAAAUGAAGAGGAGGUGAUAGAAGAAGACCUACUUCUGCAGCAAAUCGACAAUAUCAAGGCCUACAUAUUUGAUGCCAAGCACAGCGGUCGGCUGGACGAAGUGGAGGUCUUAACGGAGAACCUCAGAGAA